UAUUUCAGAUGAGGAUGAAGAUUUCCGGAAGCUUGCAGAAACAGAAAUUGCUUCCUGUGAAGAAGAGAUAGCUGAACUGAAACAACAGAUAGUGUUGCUUUUGAUUCCUUCAGAAGAAACAGAUGAGAGUGAUCUUGUCAUGGAAGUAACUGCUGGAGUUGGAGGGCAGGAAGCCAUGCUGUUCACCUCGGAGAUAUUUGAUAUGUAUCAACGAUAUGCUGCUUAUAAAAAGUGGAGAUUUGAAGUAUUAGAAUACUUUCCCAGUGAAAUAGGUGGCCUAAGGCAUGCAGUAGCCAGUAUAGCAGGUGUUGAGGCUUACAAAUACAUGAAGUUUGAAGGAGGAGUGCAUCGUGUUCAGCGGGUACCAAAGACAGAAAAACAAGGACGCAUUCACACCAGCACAAUGACUGUUGCAAUAUUACCCCAACCCACUGAGAUGAGGCUGCAAAUUAAUCCAAAAGAUCUACGGAUAGAAACAAAGCGAGCUAGUGGAGCUGGAGGCCAGCAUGUCAAUACCACAGACAGUGCUGUACGGAUAGUUCACAUUCCAACAGGGAUUGUGUCUGAAUGUCAGCAAGAAAGAUCCCAAAUUAGAAACAAAGAGAAGGCUAUGCAAAUGCUGUGUGCUAAACUAUACAAUGCCAAACUAGAAGAAGAAACCAAAAAGAGAAACAGUGCUCGAAAGAUUCAAGUUGGGACUAAAGGAAGAUCAGAGAAGAUCAGAACAUACAACUUUCCACAGGACCGGAUUACAGACCACAGAAUAAGCAGAUCAGUGCAUCAUGUUGAGUCUUUCAUGCUAGGGGAAGAAAUGCUAGAUGAAAUGAUACAAACUCUGAGAGAAUAUGCUGAUUAUGAAUCUCUAAUGGAAAUUAUUUCAGAAAAUGAAAAAAAUAAUUCCUCCUGAGCAUUGUUUUUUCUCGGGCCAUUACAAGAGAUGUAGACCUUAGUCUGCAAUGAAGCUUCUUGGAGCGCCACCCAGAAAAUGGAACUUCUUUUCAGAUCAUGAAAAACAUCACAGCUUGUUUCUUCAUGAAUAUUAAACAGUCUUCUUACUUGCUGAGUAAAAGACUUUGUUAUCUUAACAUAAGACAUUUUUGCUGCAGUAUUCCUUUUGAAAAGUUUAUUUGACUGCACCAGAAGUAACAGCAGUUUUUAACUUUUUCUGCUGAGAACUGAUACAUCACUCUCAAAAGGUAUGCCUGCAUUAAAAAAGUUCCAGCUUUCAUUUCAACUGUGGCUUAACCAUCACACAACAGUGAAAUAGCUUACUUGAGUGAACAAAAAAAAAAUCCUAUUUUGUUUGGGUGACUGGAAAAAAGUGAUAAAUAAAUGACCCCAUCUUCCUAUCCACAUAUUUAUUAAUCUCUUAUUUGUGUCGUGGGAAAGGGAGUCAGAGUGUAUCUCUGUCAU